AUGGGCGUCCUGCUGGAGCAGUUCAACGAGGCCGGCAGCGUGAUCCCCCGGGGCCUCUCCAUCGAGGAAGUCUCGGAGCUGUUCUGGGAGUCGGUGCGCGAGAACGAGCCCGAGGUGUUCCUCGCGACCCUCGCGCUCUUCCGGCGCACCCGCAACUCGUCGGCCGCCCCGGGCGCCUUCUUCGGCGGCCUGUGGCACCAGAUCCGCGAACGAGUGCGCAAGUACGACACCGUCUACGAGCACGUCGACACCGACAUGAUGCACGCCACGCGCGCCACCGUCAGGUUCAAGGCCGUCUACGGCGACGUCCCAGGGUUCGAAAAGGGCGCGCCGAUGCACGAGCCCGAGGCGCUGCUGACCGUGACGAUGGACGAGGGCGAGUGGCGCGUUCUGUCCGUGUGGCUCAACGACCUCGUUAACACCACGCACGCUGCGGCGUAG